AUGUUCCAAAAUAUUUAACUCAAAGCAAACUUCCAUGAGAUGAGAUUGAACCCAUCAAGACCAGUUUACCAAUACAAACUAGAAAUAACUGAUUCCUCCCCAGAGAAAGUCAGCGAGGCACUCAAGAAAUUCAGACCUCAACUCCAAACCUAAUUGAUCCUAUUUAUGAGCUUGAACUAGAACAUUUAUUCACCAAAACUAAUCCAAGAGGCCGAUAAUGGAUUAGUAUUAGGCUCAUUGAGUGGUAAUGAGACUAAUCAAGACACUGCAACUCUUAAACUAGUAGGAAAGAUCGAAAAUAAAGCUGAUCUGAAUAUCAUCAUCUCAAGACUCUUUAAAUAAGUGAUCAGAAGUCAAUUACAAAUGGUUUCUGUGGGAAACAAAGGAUAGAAACUCUUUUGGUCCAGUCGAGCACAGUAAUUUAAGGACUAAAAUUUAGAAAUUUGGCCAGGUGUAGAAUGCAUUUUUAGACCAGGAGAAGGAGGAGCUUAGAAUCCCACUUUGGUUAUUGAUUGUGCAUUCAAAAUGCUCAGAUAUAGAUCUGCCUUAGAAGAAUUGAAUUAAACUAGAAAUCCAUCUUGCAUCCAAGAUUAGAUUGUUAUGACUACUUACAACAAAAAGUUCUAUAAAGUAGAAGCAGUUGAUGUUAAUCUCAAACCAGCUAGCACAUUUACAAAUGAGAAAGGUGAAACCAUUUCUUUUGCUUAAUAUUAUGAAUAAAGAUAUAAAGUGAAAGUCGAUGGAAAUUAACCAUUAAUCAGAGCUACUGUAAGAAGCAAAUAAGAUAAAACAGAAAAAACUAUUCAUUUGAUUCCAUAAUUGUGCUAAUUGACAGGAUUAACUGAUGCCAUUAGAAACGAUUUCAAUGCCAUGAAGAAUUUAGCUGUUGUUACCAAACCAGGAGCUGAUUAAAGAAUGAAGAUGGCUUAAGAAUUUGCCAAUCAAUUAGCCAACACUGAAAUUGUCAACAAAAAAGCUGGAACUAAGAGAUAAAUAUUCAAAGAGUGGGGAGUAGAAAUUAACCCAGGAAGUAUGGAUGUUCCUGCCAGAAGAAUCCACCCAGGAAACAUGUUGAUGGGAAAUGGAUUAAAAUUAGAUCUAUCAAGUCCUUAAACAAAUUUAGAUAGACAAACUUAAACCUAAAUGUUUUCAACUCCUCCUCAAUAACUUAUUUUGGGUAUCAUUUACAAUAAGAAAACUGGACAAUAAACUAUGGAUUCCUUAAUGCAAAACUUUUAAGCUGCCUGCAAUGACUUUAAAUUUUAGGCUUUCAUGGCUCCCAAAGUAUUCCCUAUUGAAUAAGACAGAGAUGAAGAUUUAGAAAGAGUUCUUGAUGGCUUUUAAAAAUAAGCUGAAGCCAAUAAAGCCAAAGUAGGAUUCUUAUUGUUCCUUCUACCAGGAUAAAAGAAGAAAGCAAGAUUGUAUAAAACAGCUAAGAAAAUAUCUAUGCAAAAGUUUGGUUGCGCAUCCUAAGUGGUUGUUGAAAAAACACUAGCAAAGAAUACAAGAUCAAUUGUUAAUAAAAUAUUAAUCCAACUCAAUGCUAAAGUUGGAGGCACUCCAUGGGCAAUUGAUAGUUUACCACUAACCUUUUAAAAUCAACCCACUAUGAUUUGUGGAACUGAUUGUUUUGUCAAAAGUGGUAGAAAAAAUCAAUUAGCCUUCUGCAGCACUGUUGAUAGAAACUUGAGUAGAUAUUAUUCUCAAGUUGUUACAUCUGGAGAAUUCAGCUAGCAUCUUUAAUCGGUUUUCAAAGCUUCUCUUCUAGCCUUCAAAGAAUAGAAUGGAAUCUUUCCAAAAUUGGUUAUUAUUUAUAGAGAUGGUGUUGGUGAUGGGUAAUAGGCUGUAGUACUCGCUAAUGAAUUGCCAUAAUACAAAUAAGCCUUGGAGGAAUUACAAAUUACAGAUACUAAAAUCUCAGUAGUUGUCUGCAAUAAGAGAGUCUCAGCCAAAUUCUACACUGGUGGAAAUGCCAGACCAGAUAAUCCUUAACCAGGAACAUGUGUUGACAACCCUAAAGUCGUUGAACAAUCCAACCCCAACUUUUAUUUAAUUUCACAAGUAACCAGACAAGGAACUGUUACUCCUUCCUUAUAUAAAAUCAUUCACUCAGACCAAGCAGGUCUUGAUGAUGACAUCAAAGUUUUGACAUUUAAAUUGUGCUGGUUAUUCUACAACUUCACAGGCUCUAUUAAAAUCCCUGCUCCUGUUAGAUAUGCUCAUUGUCUUUGCAACUUCAUUGGAGAUAACUAUGAUGAUAGAGAUCAAGUCAAGUUUCUACCGUUACCAGACCUUGUUAAGUAAAAAGUCCUAUUUUAUAUCUGAUUUAUCAGUUCAUAUCAAGUCAUUAAGAUAUUUAUAAAUAAUCAUAU